GGUUGGCGUUUUUACAGGGUUAACGGCGAAUGGUCAUGCGCUGUUCAGCAUGCCCUCCGACUUCCGGGUUCCUCGCCAGUGUCCGACGUUAAGGGGCGGUUCAGUCCGAUUACUAUAGUGGACCGCAUCGAGUAAAUGACUAAACCGUUGUACUGCGUCCAUCUUGGACUUAUUUUUCACAACACAACGGGAGGAAAGUUCAGGAGACAACGAUGGCGCUCGUUAUAAUUCACACUGGAGACUGAAGCCUCAGACUUUAGACUAAGAGGAUCCGGCUCUCUGCCUGCGCGAGCAGACCGCGCUGCGCGCGGCUCUUUCACUUCACGACACGUUCCGGGACCGACCGAGACCAACAUUUUUUUUCUCUCUCUAAAGAAAACAAGAGUCAAAUGCGGUUUGCAUUUUAGUCUAAAUUCCAGAGUAAAAAAAGUCUAGUUGUGGAAGUUAUGUAACAUUUCUGGCGUUUUCUGCAGCGGACGCGCGCGCGGCUCCGCCAUGGACCCAUGAGGAGCCUCUGUCCCACAGUCAGCGUGUAUGUGUAUGUGCGCGCGCGCGCUCCUUCCUUAGGCAGCUGCGUCGUUAUACCAGCAUCCUGUGAGCUCCCUGGCCAGCGCGCGCCGUCCUUUCCGGAGGCACUAUGCGGGCUACGGAGGAACUGGACCAAUUCGAUGGGGAGGCCUCCAACACCUCCAUGAUAUCGGGGGCCAGCAGCCCGUACCAGCCCACCACGGAGCCGGUGGGAUCGGGGGGCCUGCUGGGGGGCGUCACGUGUGACUCCGAAUACAUGAGGUCGCACCUGGGCCUUUUAAAGGUCUUCCAAGUGGUCCUCUCUCUUGUCGCCUUCAUCUGCAUUGAGACCGUCAUGAUGUGCUUGCCCUGUGGUGGAGUCUACUUCUUUGAGUUUGUCAGCUGCAGUGCCUUCAUCAUCACUGGCAUCCUGCUGCUCAUGUUCAGCCUCAGCCUGCACACCAGAAUCGCACACAUCAACUGGAGGCUCAUGGACCUCCUCAAUGCAUCCAUCAGCACCUUCUUCUUCUUUCUGGCCUCGGUGGUCCUGGCUGCACUCAACCACAAGACCAGUGCCGAAAUCAGCGCUGUGGUGUUUGGCUUCCUGGCAACCACUGCCUAUGGACUGAACAUAUUACUGGCAGCAAGGCAGUGGUGGCAGGGCUCCCGGGGCAGUAGUGGGGGACAGGGCAGAGAGUACACACGUGCUCGCACUGCCUCUCGUGGUGAGGUGGAGCCUCGGCCCGAGCUGCAGUGAUACACCCCCUUUCUGGCAUUUGGAAAGUGUCUGCUCGGGACAUGUGUCUCUUCCCAACCCUCUCUCACUGUCCAGCCCCUUCCUGGCUCCAGCAGCACAGGGGCCAUGAUACAGAUGAUUAACAUAUCCUCUUUCCCUGACUCCACCUUCAAAGGUGUGGCUCUGGUUCAGCCUACAGGGAGGGUUGCAGUGAGUGGAUUUGGGGUUGUUCUUAACCAACACCUCCACUGGGCCCUGCUGGAAGCUCUUAUGUACUGCAGGGUUUUUUUCUAAUCCUAGUUUGUUUUACUUCAGUGAUUAUUUUUGUUGUUUUGAAAUAUUUUUAUUAAGGUUUUUAAACACACUCUACUUAGCAAAGCAGAAA